AUGAAUUUAGAGUCCGGGACUCCAAGCCCCAACAACUCUAAUAACUGGCAGGAGCCGAGACAUGGUAUUGAUCUCAAACAGGUCGACAAAUGUAUAGGAGAUCCCAAGGCAGAUGUAGACAAUCCUGUUCUUAAGGCUGAACAGGAAGCACAGGUCAGCAAAGGCUCCCGUGGAGAUUUGAUCAUCUUGCCAAUUCUUGUCGUAAACAACAGACAGUAUAUAGGCAAACGGGACAAAGGAGCAGUUCUCAAGGCCAUCUGCUAAGGAUUCGAGGAGACUACAGAGCCAAGCCCUUUGUUUAACUGAAGGUCAUCCCUUAAUCUUUGUCUACAUCCUAGUUCUGUUCCUGUUUAUCCUGACUCCAAAGAAAAUGGGAAAGGAAACAAUUGAGUGCUAGUUUUGUUCCUUUCCAAUUGUACUGAGGGUUUUUACCAUUUCUUUUCUUUUCUUUUUUUCAAUCACAUGCAUAGAA